UUCUGCCCCAUCUUCACCCUCUUCCUCCUCCUCCACCUCCACCUUCUCCCUUCUUUCUCCUGCCUUGGGGACUCCUCCCAUCUUAGAAUGUCCUCUUUGCCUCUCGACAUCUAUUAACUCCCCCUCCGAGUCUCAUGCUAGAGCCGACCUCGUACCUCCUGGAAGUGCCCAUCGGCGAUGGCGCGAUGCCCGUGUCCGUUGCGGCGGGCUGGGUCGGUCUGGUCUGGUAUAUGUUUAUACUGAUAGUCUGUGCCUUGGGCUAUCUUCAGAUUUGGCGAUACUUCUUGCGACGACCCCGACGCUCAUCUUUGGCCGCUAAUCCCGACGCCCCUCAUGUCACGGCCAUUCGACCAGUGAAGGGCCUCGAGCCUCAUCUGUACGACUGCCUUGCGGCCACCUUCCGCCAGGACUACCCGCGUGACAAGCUUACCGUCUGCCUCUGCGUGGCUACGCGCGAUGACCCAGCCUAUCCGACCCUUUGCAAGCUCCUUGCCGAUUUUCCUGAUGUCGAUGCGCGUGUGUAUGUGGAAGAGGAGGAUCCAUUGUUGCAGGGGAAUGGCCCUAAUGCCUACGCACUUGGACCGAACCCGAAGAUUCGGAACAUGAGUCGCGCAUACCGUGAAGCGAAGGGCGAUAUCAUUUGGAUCAUCGACUGCAAUGUCUGGGUCGGAAAGGGUGUUUGUGGUCGCAUGGUGGACCGACUGUGCGGAACGGGGCCUACUUUAGGCAAGAAAUUCAAGUUCGUACACCAUCUGCCCGUCGCGGUGGAUGUUACGGGCGAGAACAACUUGAGUGGCGAGCGACAGGCAUUGUUAGACGCACGUCCAGAUGCUACCGUCCCGAGAGCCGCAGACCUGUCUCUAAUGUCGAGGCGGCCAGAAGAUGGGUUCACGAGCACCAUUGAAACGGGCGGAGGGCGUUUGGAGGAGCUUUUCCUUUCCUCGUCACACGCCAAGAUGUAUACGGCCAUCAAUACGGUCCUCAUUGCGCCAUGCAUUGUAGGCAAGUCGAAUAUGUUCCGUCGCUCCCACCUGGACUACCUCACAGCCCCGGCCCCGGGAGAUCGCAACCCUCGACACCCCGGAGUUGACUACUUCUCCGACAAUAUUUGUGAAGACCAUUUGAUCGGUGACUUGCUUUGGCGGAAGAAGAUCCGGGAAGAAAAGGAAUUCGACGAGCGUUGGGGUAAACACGCCAUGGUUUUUGGUGACCUGGCGAUCCAGCCCGUAGCCAACAUGAGUGUAAGAGGUUACAUUGCUCGACGAGUGCGGUGGCUUCGUGUCCGCAAGUUCACUGUACUCCUUGCGACACUCGUCGAACCAGGCACCGAGUCCUUUGUCUGCUCGAUCUACGGCGCGUGGGGCAUCACAACCGCACUAGCACCUUACCUCGAGCAGAAGGGAUACUCGUUUGCCGCUGAGCUCGCGACCUGGACCUCAUUCUUUGCCAUUUUUGCGCUGAGCUUAGCCCUCUGGAUUUUAGUCGACUGGACCCUUUACAUCAAACUACAUUCGGCAAAGGCCAUCGAAGUCGACGAGGACACACCCAUCUUCGCGCAGCCUAAUCGCCGCCCUUCUCAAGCCACGCGUCGCCCGUUCCUGCAGUGGUUCGCCGCCUGGCUUGGUCGUGAACUACUGGCCUUGCCUAUCUGGAUUAUAGCCGUCUAUGGCGGUGUUACGGUUGUCUGGCGAGACCGACGGUUCAAGGUUGGAUUUGACGCCAAGGUCCGCGAGAUCGACUCAGACAAUGCGAUGCCAACAGAGGGCUCAUACUCGACCGGGUCUGUUGUGGACUGGUUUCCUGUGUCGCCGCAGAGCAACGGUGGUGUGACGGGGAAAGUUCGGCGUGAAUGAUGAUUUGCAUUUACAUCUGUACAAAAAUAUCCAUCAGCGUCCUGUAUAUUAUAGUGAAUCUAUAGAUAUGAUCUUCAUCAACACACCUUGGGUCUAGAUUUAGAAGAUCAUGUAAUCCACACCAACCAUACGAGAAACCUUUCCAGAACAUAAAGAGAAUGCCUUGCGUCUAUCUAAUCAAACUUUUAAUGCUUUUCAUAUCCAUAACGAACAUCAACAUGACAAAAUCGUCCAUCGGAUGACUGAAAUCACGUCGACUUCUCUCCCUCAGUAGCACUACUCUCCAGACCCGCCGCCUUCUCUGAACUCAACAACCACUCCACGACCUGUCUGCCAGCAGACAUCUCCCCCGCAUCAGUCUUCUGCUCACCCUCCUCACCAAUAGUCAUCUCAAUCUCUUGGGGCUCCUCCGAGUUCUCAUCCGCCUCACCCUCUUCCUCCGCGGCAGCAGUCCAAGCCGCACGCUCAGCCAGGAACAUUGCAUCGUGACCGGCAUCGUUCUUAAUAGCGACGUCUGCACCGGCCUCAACUAAGCCCUUGACACACUCCAGGUGCGUGUUCAGUGCAGCCCAGUGCAGGGGCGUAUUGCCAGAGUGAUUGCGGUGGUUGACGAAUGCCGUGCGCUGGUCUGCAUCCAGCGAGGAAAGCUUUUGGAGAAGAGUGUUGAGGAUUUCUGGUUUCAUCAGUUGAAUGUUCAUGAAUAGUGUAUUCCCACGAGUGCUGGCAAGGUAAGAUUCUUAGGACGGGUCAUACCGCUAUUUCCAUUUGCGGCGGGGAAGUGCAGCACGCAGGAGCCAGUCCCGCCUUCACUUUCGUCCUCCAUGUCGAUGGCGGACGCAACGAUGUGCGACUCUGGGCAGUUGUGCUGGGAGGCUAAAGUGGCGAUGUCGGCAUUCAGAGCCUCCAGGUCACCAGCGCGGGCAUCGUAGAUCAGGUCGUCGAUAGCCUCGACUGAAAGCGCGACGGGUACCGCCGGCUUGGGCUUUGGCGUAGAGGCAGACAUUGUGAUGUUUGAAAAAGAUCUCGUAGAUGAGAACUCGACAGAAUUUUUCCCGAGGGUUUGCUGCAACACCCGGUCACUGAUUUGAUAGUGUCUUGGUGGUGAUUUUUUUCUGACUUGCAGAGAAUUUGAUAUGUCC